CUAUAAAUGGGUGGGGCUGGUUUGUUAUGCAACGUGAGACAACAUGGCUGCUAGUAGCUCUCGCUUACUUCUCUUAUUCUCUAUCUCUCCUCGCUGUUUCCAGAGAUUUCAGUCUUAUCUAAACCCAGCACAAUGCCUUCUACAUCAAAAGUUUUAUUACCACUCUUCAAUGAAACGAACCUGCUUGUAUAAUCGCCCUUUCUCUUCCUCUUACUCCUCUGCAUCAUCUGAAGGACUCAGAGACCCAAAUAGCCUUGGAGAAAGGAUUUUAACAAGAAUAGGUUGGCUAACUGGGUUUUUCUCCAGGAAAGAGGUUUUAAAGAGAAGUGCUGUUUUCUUAUACAGCAGAUGCAUCAAUGAGAUUGACUAUGAGAGCUUUAUAAAAACUGUUCCACUACCCGACACCUUUGGAUCCUGGUUCCUCAUCGCUCACUUGCAUAUUUGGCUCUUUCUGGUCCGUCUAAAGAGAGAGGGAGAGGACGGGAGGUUCAUCACUCACCAGCUGGUCAAUAUAUUCUGGACUGACACAGAAGAAAGGAUGAGAGCUUUAGGAGUGAAGUCAGGUAAGUUAAUCCAGGAGAACCUUCACGAGCUGAACCUUCAGUUCCGCGGACUCAUCAUAGCCUACGAGGAAGGACUCCUCUCAAAUGACAUGACACUGGCAAGCGCCUUCUGGCGUAACUGGAUUUCUAAAAAGUCCGAGACUGAUCCUGAGGGACUCUCCCAACUGGUAGAGUACGUUAGGAAACAAGUUCAAGUAAUGGACAAAGGAGAUACUGAUAAAUUGUUGAGAGAAGGGACUAUAAAAAUGGCCAAGUUGACACUUAGAAACGAGACAGACAAGGAUUCAUCAUAAGAACUUUAAAAACAAUAUUCUUUUUACUAAACUCAAUAUAAUAAUAAUUAUUAAUAAAUAAACAAUAAUAAUAAUAAUAAUAAUGUUCUUUAAGUUUAAAAAAUUUGAAACUAUAUGUAAUAAAUUUGAAACUACUAUGUAAUAAAUUU